CAACUCGCCCAACUUUCCACCUUGUUGCAGUUCCUUUCUUGUACAUCGGGCUCUUUUAUGUGUUCUCCCAAUCAACCCCAUCAUGACAUCUUCUACAUCAAUGCCAUCGCCGCGGCUACGUGCAAGGCAAGACACUUCGGAUACGCAGUGAGACAAGGCAUCCUCCCGCCUGAAGUGGCUGCUCUUUUCGGUUUGAUGGGGCCAUCGUCUGGACAUGCCAAGCGCAUGUGUAAGAUUCUACGAUCCGAGGCCUGGCGACAGGUCAGGCUGCUUCAGGAUGGCCUAAGGGUUUGGUGCUAUCGGACUUCGAAUGAAGAACGUGCUGCGGAGAGGAAGCUUCGACGCUGCAGAAGGGAGUCUGCGAUGGCGACGGAAUUUUUAUGGGAGCGUCUGCGUGCUUCGCUGCCAAGGAAAUCCAGGCAUCAUCAGGAGGGGAGUGGGGGAGGCAGCAUUGUGUUCCUGGGUGGUGCCUCUGCUCCUGACAAGAUUGUGAACAUUUUGAAGAAGGGUCCCAGGUUUGCUACCGAGCCGUUGGUCCGGCCUCCGGAGAUGCUGGGCCUGGUGCGACAAGUGUCUCAAAAAACGAACCAGGAAAGCAGGGAACGUUGCGUGUUGGAGUGUGCGGAAGGGCUUUUAAAAGGGGUUGGGAGAAAGGUGAGAAGGAUGAAUCUUGGGGCUGUUGUAUCGUUUUUCAAUGACUCGCGGUUAAAGUUGCUGGUAUCUGAUAAAGAAGGGGGUUUUGUCGUGGCGCCUCAGGGGAUGUUCUUGGAGAAGGCCGGGGAGGCGAUGUUGAAGAAUUUUAGGCCAGUGUCGGGGGUUGAUUUGAAAAAGGUUAAGGCGCGUGCUGUGCAGUUAUGCAGUAACAUGGGGCUGGAUUCGCUGAGAAAGUCUGUGUCAGCAGCUAAAGGUCUUAGUCUGGAGGCGUUCUUCACGGUAAAGACCCACAAAGAGUUGAUGCCUUUAAGAGCCAUUGUCACUCAAAAAAGUUCUUGGCAGGUGCAUGUGUCAAGCUUUCUGCAGCGCCACUUGUCGUCACUUAUGCUGGAUGACCCUUUUGUUGUUCGCAAUUCGGAAGCCUUGGUUAAUUAUCUACGGGAAGAUAAUCCUGGCUCGUGUCAGCUGGUUUCGUUUGAUGUGGAAGAUUUGUUUUAUGCAAUUCCCCAUUCUGAGCUCAUGCAGGCCGUGGAGGAGUGCAUUGAUACGUUUGGGGCUGUGGCCUUCUCGAGUUCCUGUGGGAUUGCGAGUGAUUCUUUCCUUGAACUACUGAAUUUUUACCUCGCGUCCACCUUUGUUACGUUUGAAGGCAACACGUUUUUGCAAAAGAGCGGCAUAUGCAUUGGGUCGAAUGUUGCGCCCGUACUCAGUGACAUUUAUUUGGCUAAGUGUGACAGGGCAAUUGCUGAGCGGCUGGACGAUAGGGUGGUCAAAGUGUUGAGGUAUGUUGAUGACUACCUGAUUGUGCUGAAAAGCAACGAUAACACAGACGUUGAAAGUGUGAUUGCCUCGAUAUUACAUGUAUUUACGGAUUGUUCUCCGGGACUAAACUUUAAGGCUGAGACCACUUCUGAGGGUGCCCUACAAUUUUUAGAUAUCAAUCUUCGAUGUGAGCCCUCGCAUUUGUGUUGGGCCUAUGAGCCUAGGUCUAAAAAGGGGCUUUUAGUUUAUGAAUCCGCGCACUCUAAGACAGUGAAGAGAGCCAUUGCACUGUCCAGUCUCCGUACCUCCUUGUUUAAGUCAUGCCACCAUAGGUGUGGUGACAGUUUUUUGUUGCAAGUCACGAGGUUGUCAAAUGCCGGGUUCCCUUUGGGAGUUGUCAUGGGCGUCGUGGAAUCCUUGGUUAAGGUGUUUAGAGGCCCUGCUAGUACUGAGGCAAGACAAAAACCAACGGUAAGACCUGUGGUCUUGCCGUAUAUGCACAAGGUGUCCCAUGGUGUCAAGAAGGUUGCCAGUAGGUACAACGUGCCAGUUGUGUUUUCGGCUCCAGCUAAGUUGGGGCGGCUGUGUGCAGCCGUGAAUCGAGGUGGCCGCGUGGGUACACAGUGUCAAGUAAAGCACCGCAACCCAUUUGUCGCCUGCGCGUGUGGGGUGGUGUACCUUAUUCCAUUGUCCUGUGGAAAAGUGUACAUUGGGCAGACGGGGAGAUGUGUUAACGACCGGGCGAGAGAACAUUCUCUGUCCUUACGCUCCUCCCCGUCUGGCAACCUAGCGGUCCACUGUGACAGAUGUGCGUGCUCUCCAGUGUUUAAUGAAAUUAAGAUUUUAGCCCGACAUAAAAAUAAGUAUGCUCGGGAGAUUGACGAAGCUUUUUUUAUUGCCAACCAUGACGCAGGCAAGUGUAUUAGUGUUCCAUCACUUGCUCUAGUUAGUGAUGAAAUGAAUUUCAUCAGAAGGGCGGGGAAAUACGUGUAGCCACGUGU